AAAGCAAAAAAAAAACCCCAGCCUCCUGAAAACGUAACCUGAACUUCUCCUAUUACUAGAAACUUCCGUUCCAGCCCGAGGACUGUUAAGUCAUAGCAGUGAACCUCUGGGAUUGUAGGCAGAGCUGCAACGAAGGAUGAUCGGGCUUUCAAGACGAAGCUCGGAGUAGUAGGUGCUCGUACCGGGUGAGGAGUGAGGAGUGACGCUAUAGAAGAAAUAUAGUUACAAGACACAAAGUGAAGUUGGACAACCAUGGGCUUUCAAAAUGUGACAGAACUUUUCUACCCGAGUCAAACCCUUGGGAGCCCUAACAUGGACAUCGAAGACAUCAUUACUUCUCAGAAUGUCAUCUCAAGGGUCAUGCACAGCUACCUCUUUAUACUAGUUCCUCUUGGUUUACUGGCUGGUGUUUUCUGUAUUACCGUACUGAUCAGGAACAAAGUGAAGCAUCAAAUCCUGGAUAAUCUGGACAUCUACCUUCUAACAUUGCUGGUUACUGACGUUACAAUCGUCUUGUACUCCUUUACCUCAAAGACGAGACCGGACUAUCUAGAAAUUUCUAAUUUGAGCUGUGGAGUCUUAGCAGGUUUUUUCAAUGUGAGUUAUUUCUUCUCACAGUACCUGCUGAUUCUAAUCUUCCUAAUCUUACUGAUCAUGAACAAUUCCACAAUAUCUCAAAGUCAUCUGAGAUACAUCUUCCUCACUUUAGCAUUGUCAGUACUUAUGUCUGUAGUAAACGUGUCACUACUGGGAACCUAUGAUAAUCUUCAGAAUAUAACCCACUGCCAACUAGACCCAUUAAAUGCUAAACCGGCAUAUGACUUCUUCAAAUUCUUAGCUGGAUUCGGUGUCCCUUCCCUGGUUCUUCUGAUAUUCGCCAUUCCGAUCGUUAUUCAAGGCCAAAAAAUGGAAAUAUCUGAGAAGCUCCAGUUUCACAUGGUAUUUUUAGGUCAUGUUGCAGUUAUGUUUAUAUGUAGACUAUUCUACAACAUCAUGCUCAUGAGGAGGACAGGUUUAAAGAUUUCGGGGUUCUACAUCUCUCCAAGAGAGGAGCUAGUCCUGAACAUUGCAGAACUGGUGGUAUUCAGUGGAAGCUGCAUAGGACUUAUAUUCACACUUGUCCUACACAAACCAUGCCGGGAAGGUCUCAAGAAAUCUGUGCAAUUCUUAAUCAAUAAGUGCAGAAGAAAGGAAACACCGAACAGUAUAAUCUAACCAUACCUGGUGCUCGGGUGGACCCCCAACAGAAAAGCUGCCACAUACAAAGUCUAUGUUAUUAGACAAAAUAUUAUUUUGAAGGUUUUUUUUCUAGGUUAGAAGGGAGCAUCCCACAAAAAAAAAAAUGUAUAAUGUUUUUUAAAUGGAUAUAUGUGUCAUAAAGACUAUUUGCUACUAAUUGCUAUGGGGAGAUCUACCCUUUCCAAGGGCCCUACUGUGUCAAUAUCAACCCAUAUACCAUCAAAAGAUAAUGGGUGGCAAAUGAGCAUUAUGUUUUGGGAGCGGCACAAAAAAGGGGCCCUCAUGUUGAUUUUUUACAGGGGCCCCCAUCUCUUCUAUGUACUCCGAAAGUUAGUCUCAUAGAGGUCUACUCAUUCUCCUCAAUAUAUCAUAGGUCCUGGAACCAGACACAGCCGUUUUUAAAGAGCCAAAUCUUAAUCUUAAAUGGAACAGCAAUAGGCUGCACUUUAGACACAGUAGGCAAUGGCAUCCCUGAAAAGCCUCACACUCUAGUCUUUUUCACAUUUAUUGAAAUGUAAUUUAAACAUCCCCUUUAUCCACGUACAAAAGAAAACAGGUUAGAAAGCGAUGAAACCAUGGACACGUGAAAUGG